AAAGCUGCCAUAGGUUCCCAGAGUCAUAGGUUCCCAAGCCAUCUUAUAGUAUAUUUUUUCUUAUCAAUAGCCCUAUUAUAGUUAUUAUAGUCUUUGGGCUAUAAUAUAUGUAUGACGUCAUACCGUUACGGCAUAUUAAAUUAUGGCGCAACUCACUGUUAGUCAAGAUUUCCCGGUCUUUUUAAUCACAAUAAAACUCAUCACAAUUCACAGAUGUUAAAAACUUUUGAAUUUUGUUCCAACUUCAAAUAGUUUUUUUAAUACUUAAGAGUGAAGACUGAUUGGCGUUGUAGACAAUUUUGAUUUUACUUAUACGUAUUAGAAUGACUUUAUUUGAAUGCAAAGGAGUGUUAGUUGACUUUCCUUAUGAACCAUAUGAAGUACAGAAGCAUUACAUAGAGAAAGUACUUGAAUGUCUCCAAAAUGGCAGUAAUGGAGUUUUAGAAUCACCUACAGGAACUGGCAAAACUUUAUCAUUAUUAUGCUCAUCUUUAGGAUGGUUAAUGGCCAAAAAAGCAGCGAUACAAGCCAAUCGAAUGGGUAUUUCAGAGAAAAAUAUAUCUAUGACAGUUAAUAUGGCAGCAGGCAUAGAAAAGAAUCCCAAUAGUGCUUGGAAUGGUGUUAUGCGACCACCACGCAUUAUUUAUGGUUCUCGAACUCACACACAAUUAAACCAAGUAAUGAAAGAACUUCGACGAACUAAUUAUAAACAUAUGAAAGUUGGAAUAAUUGGAUCCCGUGACCAAUUGUGUAUUCAUCCUGAAGUUGUUAAGGAAUCAAACUCAUCUGUAAAAAUAGCCUUGUGUCGUGCAAAAGUAAGUGCACGAACAUGCCAUUUUUACAAUAAUGUCGAAGCAAAAUCUAAGGAAGCAUUUAUUGAAGAUGGGAUAUGUGAUAUAGAAGAUUUAAUUAAUAAGGGGAAAAAGUUCAAUUGUUGUCCAUAUUAUGGGUCACGGGAGUUGCAAAAAGAUGUAGAUAUACUAUUUACACCUUACAAUUAUAUUAUUGACCCUAAGACGAGGAAAGCUCAAGAUAUUCAGCUUAGUGAAGAUGUAAUUAUACUUGAUGAGGGGCAUAAUGUAGAAAAGAUGUGUGAAGAAUCAUGUUCAGUAGAAAUAACCAGCACUGAUAUAGCGCUUUGUAUUGAUACAGUUACUGAUAUUAUGAAACUCUUAUAUAAUGAGAAAAAUACUGAAUUUUCGGAAGAACCAAUUCAAUUGCGUCCAAGAGAAUUCUCUGAUGAUGACAUAUGUACACUAAAAGCUUUGUUUUUAGAAAUAGAACAAGCUAUUAAUAAUAUUGAACUAAAUAGUAGCACAAAUGACAAGAAAAUGGAAGGGUCAUAUAUAUUUAAGCUACUUCAGAGUGCAAAUAUAACACCUGAAAAAAUGUCUACAUUUAUAACCUUUUUAAAUGCCGUUAUAGUUUAUCUGUCGUCAUCCAACUCCAACUCGCCUCAACAAGCUAAAGAAGCAUGCUUGUACAAAUUUCAAAAUUUUUUGGAGUGUGUUUUACAAAGUUUAGGAACUAAUAAAGAUCCUAAAAAUACUGAUAAAUACUUCAGGACAUAUAUACAAUUAGAGCAAAACAAGUUCAAACCAAAGAAUGAUGCAAACAAAUUUAAAGAACUAAAAAAAGGCAAAUCGAUAAGUUUUUGGUGUUUUAGUCCAGGAUUUGGGAUGAGAGAUUUAUUGGAUCGUAAUGUUCAUUGUAUAAUAUUAACUAGCGGUACAUUAUCUCCACUAGCCGCCACUAUUACUGAAAUUGGAAUUCCUGUUGAGGUUCAGUUACAAAACUCCCAUGUCAUUAAAGAUAGUCAAGUUUGCGUAUCAGUUGUUAAAACAGGACCAAAUAACAAACCACUUAUAUGUAACUACAGUAGUAGGAACAAUAAUGACUUUCUUAUAAGCUUAGGUCAAACGUUAGUGAAUUUUUCUCGAAUUAUACCAGGUGGAACUUUAGUGUUCUUUCCUUCAUAUCCAUUUUUAGAACAAUGUGUAAGUCAUUGGCAAGGAUGUAAUAUUUGGGCAUCGAUCACUAAACUUAAGCCAAUAUAUGUUGAACCAAAAAAUAGAGAUGUACUUAAAAAUGUAAUAGAUGAAUAUUAUAAAGCAAUUCAAGAAAACAAGGGUGCAAUGCUAUUUGCAGUUUAUAGAGGGAAAGUAUCUGAAGGGUUGGAUUUUUCCGAUUGGAAAGCCAGAGCUGUAAUUAUCUUAGGUUUGCCUUAUCCUCCAUAUCAAGAUCCUAGAGUAGUAAUGAAAAGAGAAUACUUGGAUGAGAUUCGGAAAGAAAACAAGCAGUGUCUAUCUGGUCAAGAAUGGUAUAAACUAGAAGCCAUAAAAGCUGUUAAUCAAGCAAUGGGUCGAGUAAUAAGACAUGUUGCUGAUUGGGGUUCAAUUAUAUUUUGUGAUGAGCGUUAUGCAAGUCAAUACAUAAAAUCACAACUAUCUGCUUGGCUUCAACCUCAUAUCAAAAUACAUGAGCAAUUUUCUUCAGCUUACAGAGCAAAUGUGCAGUUUUUCAAAAACACAGGAUUGACGAUGCCGUCAUCUAUUUUAUUUUCAAAAGCAGCGUUUGAUGAACCAGCUCAAGCUACUGUUAUAAGGUCAAUAGAAUCUGUCAAACGUAAAGAGCUUGAAAAUGACACUUUAAAACUCUAUGAAAGUUACCAUACUGAAAAUGAAAACGUAAUUAAAAAAGAAUUAAAAACCAGCGGUAAAAGUCUAUUAGAAUCAGUUGAUAAUUAUGUGGAACAAAAAAUAAUCAACACAGUAGCUGAAAGUCAAUGCUUAAAAAUGGACAUAAAUUGUGAGGCAAGACCUUUAGCGAAAAAAAGAAAAUUAAAAAUAAUUCCUAACAAAAUUGAAGUAGUUAAAAAAGAAGAUGCAAAAAAUAAAACUAUCAAUUUUAUGAGUAAAGUUCGAUCAGUUCUAAAAGAUAGCACUGUUUAUUCAAGGUUUGUAAGCAUUGUUAAAAAAUAUAUGACAGAAAAGAAUUGUGAUGAUUUUAUCAAAAAUUUAGAAGAAUUAUUUCCAAAUAAGAAUCCAGAUGUUAUUGGUAUUUUGGAUGAUUUAAAGGAUUUUUUGGGAAAAGAUGUUCAAAAUCAGUUUUAUAAUUAUUGUACAGAGUUAAAAAAACAAAGGUAAACCGAUUGUAUUAUAUAGUAAGACUAGAAUUUUACAUUUGACUAAAAAACUUAUCGUUAACUUGUAAUUAUUUGCUUUUGUAUUUUAUCAUGAUGUUUAUUUAUUUCAACCACCAGAAUACAUCUGUAUUCUGGUUUUGGCAUAUUGUAAAAUAAAUUGUGUACUUAAAGAAUUAAUAAAUGUUGAAACUAUUA